AUGUGCAUUUUAUCAUCAGUACAUUGCCAUUUAUGUCAUUCAAAGUCUGUUCUAUGUCCUCAUCAUCAUCACGUGAUAUCCUGCUCGUGUGCCGGUGCCUGUAACAGCAACCCCUGCAGCUGUGGUGACGACUGUCGAUGCGGAGCUGGCUGUUCCUGUGCUCAGUGCCACUCCUGCCAGUGCAACAAUGACAGCUGCAAAUGUGGCAACCAGUGCUCGGGCAGUGGAGCCUGCAAGUGUGGCUCAUGUGGCUGCAAGUAA